CCUAUUCUCAUCAUCAAAAAAAUCAUUCGGCCACAGUAAUUUUAUCAGUUGUGGCCUUUUAUUGGGCAGCUUCUUUAUCUCUUGUAUUUUUAAAUAAAUUUAUUCUUAGUACUUCAGAGUAUAAAUUCCCCUAUCCACUGUUUGUAACAUGGUAUCAGUUGAUGAUAGCCUUAGUAGUGUUAGUGAUCUGGGGUAGUCUUGGUAAAAGAAUUAAAGCACUAUCAAUAAUUCCACCACAUGAAUUUGAUCUUGGUAUUGCUGUAAAAGUUAUGCCAUUGACAUUUAUGUAUGUGAUGAUGUUGGCUUUCAAUAAUUUAUGUUUACAAUAUGUCGAGGUUACUUUUUAUCAGGUAGCAAGAUCGUUAUCAAUUAUAUUUAAUAUAAUAUUCACAUACACUUUACUUGGACAAAAAACAUCAUUUGCAGCAUUAAUCAGUUGUGGUAUAGUGUUUAUAGGUUUUGCUAUAGGGUCUUAUGGAGAAUUAAAUUUCUCAUGGGAAGGAAUAAUUUAUGGAGUUGCCUCAAGUGCGAGACUUCUUCAUUAUAAUACAACGAUAUCAAUAUUUUUCUUGUUCCCAAUGGUUCUGUUAUCCGGUGAAUUAAAAGCAAUUGCAGAUGUAUAUUUCUUGCAUGAAUUUGGUUUUUGGUUUUUAAUGACACUUACUGGUAUCACAGGAUUCAUCAUCAACAUUGCAAUGUUUUUACAAAUUAAAUUCACUACACCGUUAACAAAUACCAUCUCUGGCACUGCAAAGAGUUGUGUGCAAACUGCUUUGGCAGCCUGGUACUUCCAAAAUCCUAUCUCUCCAAUGGUAAGAAUUUAUAGAUGA